CCCCUCCCCUCGCUCUCCUCUCCUCACAGCGCCUCCUCCUCUCCAAUCCCAAACCCUAACCCUUCAUCGACGGCGCCAUCGCCCGCGGCUUCUCCCCUUCAUCGAUGGCGCCAUCGCCCGUGGCCUCUCCCCUUUAUCGACGGCGCCAUCGCCCGCGGCCUCUCCCCUUCAUCGACGGCGCCAUCGCCCGCGGCCUCUCCCCUUCAUCGACGGUGCCAUCUCGUCCGAGUACGAGCUGGAGGAGCACGUGUACGUCGGGGACGCAGCAAGGCCAGCACGCCAUCGGUCCCGUCUUCCCUGGUUCCUCGCCGAGCGCCACGAAGAGGAAGAGAGAAUGGUGAAGGAGAAGGGGAAUGAGAAGGGAAAGGGUGCUGGUAAGGAGAAUGGGAAGCCGAAGGGUGCUGGUAAGGAGAAUGGGAAGGCAAAGGCAAAGGAAAAGAGCUUGAAUUACCUAAUUAGGCAAGAUUCGGCGCUGCCUCCUCUAGUUCCGAGGAAGAAGAGCAAACCUAAGGUGCAGAUUAAGAAGGCAAAAGACUUUCCCAAUGCCCCAAUGGGAGAGUUAAUUUAUGACUACAGGAGUUCGUUAAAACCGGUUAUGGUGGAGGCAUUAGUUUGUGGUGCAAGUUAUAUCAAGGGUGCUCACGUUGACUUGAAUCUGGUGUCGAGGGAUGAGAAUGAAGAGGAUGAUGUUGAAACCAUCAAGUUACCAAUCGUGGAGGAGAUCAACGAUUGGUAACAAUUCUUCCUACAUGUUUCACUUGGUAUACGAUACCAAACAUUAUUUAUGUGAAUGUUGCUUAUCUUGUAGACACUCAUCAUGUGGAUGUUGAUCUUGAUCUUGCUAUUUUGGAGACGAAUGUCAAAGUGAUCUUUCUCAUGGGAAGGCUACUUUUGCAUUUGGGUUAUGUUCGAACUUGUCAAGUCAUGAACUGUGAAAUGUCACAACUAGCUUGGAGAUGAACCUCUCAUUUGUGUUAUGUUCAACUUGCCAAUUGACAUGGACUUGAAAUUGUCAUUGCAAGUUUGUAAUCGUGUCGUUCAAUGAUGAUAAGACAUUAUGUUUGUGGA